AUGUAUUAUUAUCAUAAAUUCGCGAUCAUAGGUUUCAUUAUUGGCCUUUUUGCAAUUAUUUUAGGUAUUAUUGCACUUACAACAUCAAAUUGGAUAAGUAUUAAUCAUAAUCAAUUAUCAGAGCCCAUUAUUUAUGAUCUCUUUCAACAAUGUGAUAGAAAUGAAACAAACAAAUGUACAGAUUUUGAGUCUUUUCGAAUACCUCAAUAUUUUGAAAUUAUUGGCUAUAUUAUAUUAGUUAUCGGUGUUUUUGUCGGUGUUCUAUGUACUGAAUUUGUUAAUAAACGUAAUAUUCAUAUUAUUUCACCUAUUAUUCUUAUUAUUGGUAUAAUAAUGAUUUUUCUUGGUUUUAUUUUUUAUAUUAAAUAUGUAAUUGAAAUAAAUAGUACAUUAACAAUUACAAAAUUAGAUUUGGGUUAUAGUAUGAUAUUAAUGAUUUCGACUUGUAUUAUUGGAUGUAUCUUGACAGCUUAUUUUUCAUUUACUGCUGGCUAUACUCAUCGACAUAUUCUUGCUACAGUCAAUAUUUAUUAA